AUAGUUUUGUGUGAGACCAGAGGUGUCAUUGUAUUAAAAUUUGGAGUCUUUAAAAUACAAGUUUCCUUCAUCUUUUCAUUUUGGCUGAAAAGUACCCAAUACAGUCAUGCCAUCUCACUGAGGUUCUUAAAUAAAUAAUAGAAGUAGCUCAUGGCAUAUAUCAUUAUCCACUAAUAUCUGUUAUAGAAAGUUUUGUUGAAGUCACAUAAAGUAUGUCUCAAACACAAAACUGUAAACUGGCAUUAAUUCUCUUCUUUUAGUUCAGGCAGCUCAUAAUGAAUUAUGGUGAAUUAUUUGGUCUGAUUUUGUGAUGCAACUAACUUGGGUUAGUUUUACUUAAAGUACUGUAAUGAAGUAUUUAAAAUGAAAUAGAAAUGUGUGCAUUCAAUUUUGACUAAUCCUUUAUAGCUAUAUUGUUUGAAAGUUAGACUACUGAGUUAUUAAACAGGCUGAUAGAUGAGUACUUCUCUUGAAUCUUUCCUGUGUAUGCUGUAGUGCUGGAGUGAGUUGACAAAAGAACUCCCCUCCACUGGAGUGCUUAAUCAAAUUGCUUUUAAAAUGCAAAGGUAUUUUCAAGUUUUGGGAAAUGCUAUGUUGUGUUUUCUCUGCAGAUUAAUUCCAUACUGUGAUCUGGAAAUAGAGUCAGAGGUUAAUUUUGGUGAAAUGAUUGCAAACAAUAAACUAGUUACUAAAGAGAUUAGUAUUGCUAACCGUGGAACAACUUCAGGUAUAUUUAGAAUAUCAUAUGAUGGGGUAGUCUUGCUUCACAUAAAACCUGCCAGAGGAGUAGUAAAACCAAAAUCUGUAAGGAAAAUUGGAGUGGAUAUCUGCACAGAUGUACCCGGAGUCAUCAAAGAAAUGAUCAAAGUGGAGUUGGAAAAUCGUGGCUGGACUGAAGUAUGGAUCAAAGGUGUUGUGGUUGAACAAGUUCUUAAAGUUCUUGGAGUGUCCUGUGGAAAAGUACUGAAAUGCAUUAACUUUGGACCUCUUUACUUUGGGACUUCAAAGACAGAACAAAUACAUUUAUACAAUGAAAGCCCUGAGUGUAUGGAUUGGGUAGCAGUACUGGAAGAAAAUGCCAUUGGAGAAGAGAUGGGGACAGAUCUUCAGGGGAGUACAGAUGCUGUUUUACACAACUUAAGCCUGAAAAAUAAAGAUAUAGAUAUUUCCACCUUGGUCUUGUGCACUCCCAAUCAAGGAACUUUGCUUCCUUAUGACAAAACUUUGAUAACACUCUGCUUUAGUCCACGAAAAUUUGAAAGAGACUUUGAAGUCAAUGACAAAUCACUGAUUCAAGAUUAUGUCCUAUUUCUGAGAUUUGAAACUGUUGGAAAGAGAGGUGGCUGUCUGCAGAACUUCAAUGGUGGUGCCACAGCAACCACAAGAAGUAAUUCUCGUCAUGUGGACUUAGCGUUGAUGGGUUCUGGGUUUCCUGUGGUAUUAACUUUUAAGCCAGGAACAGUAAUUAAUUUUGAGGACUGUUAUUUGGGUGAACAAGCACAAGUUGUGUGCACAAUGAAAAAUGAAUCCAAGUUUCUUCCAGUAACUUUCAGCUUCCGCAAGACUGCUCACUUCAGUGUUUCUCCUGAAAGAGGAAAAAUUAAAAAAAAAUCUGAAAAGGAAGUGAUGAUUUCAUUUUCUCCACGUCAAUUAGGAACAUUUGAGAUGAAGCAAAUUAUUGAUAUCAUUGGUACAGUAGUAGAUAAAAAUAAUGUAAAUGUUUUGAAGAUAUCUAGAAAAUCCUUUCAUCAAAUAUAUUUGACCUUACUUGGUGUGUGCAAGUCCAAACAAAAAAGCAUUGUAUUCACAAUUAAUCCAGGUCUAACACCCUUGAUUUCCAAUGCAACUGGACAGUUUGUAGUUCGUGGCACAGGACAGCUCAGUGAUACAGCACCUGUGGCAAUCCUUAAAUCAACCCAAACACAAAUUCAUACUCACCGGAAAAACAGGAAUUGUAAGGAUGAUGCACUUAUAGCUUUUCCUAAUGAUCGUGCAGCCAGCCUUAGGCCUAGUGAAUGGAAUAAAAAGUACAGGACUAUUUUCACAAAGACUGAGAGAUAUAAUUACGUAGACCCAGAAUUUGCUUAUACUGACUCUGAACGACUGUUAAGAGAAGCAAAUAAGAAACACUAUGUAGACUUCAUUUCCCGUUUAAGACAGCGUCGUUUAGAGAAAGAGGCUGUUAGGCAGUUUUAUCUUUAUAACAAUCCUGUGAGCAUAGGCAUGAAACCAGCUGAAGGUCUUAAGUCACCACACAUCUCAGUCGCAGAUUUUCUCAAGAAGCCACAGCCCAAAAUGCUUCCUUUAGAUGAAAAUUGCAUAUUAACUAGUCGAAAAUUGGCAGCAAUUGUUUCUAAAUCUACAAAUGAAGGAGUUUGGAGCUGGCUUAGUCCUAUGCCAUCUUCUACCCAGGAGAAGGAAGAUUGUAGUCUAACUUUGACACACAAGCAGCUUCAUCAAAUAUUCAUUGGUCCUUCUACUAUAGAUUUUGGUGAUGUUUGUGUGCAUUCUACAACAACCAAAGAACUGCACAUCAUCAAUAACUUGUCAGUUCAUAUUUGGAUACAAAUUGAAAUUGAAGUUGCGGAAUUGCAGGAGACAUCUCCGUUGUCUCAGGUGGUGCCUCCUCUGACAAAAACUUAUAUUCCAGUUGUGUUUGAGACAACCACUGUUGGAAUGUUUAAAACCUCUUUCAUCUACAAAAUAAACAACCAACACAUUGGACAUGUGCUGGUAAUUGCACAUGCAAUGCCUAUUGAACUUCAGCUGUCUACAACGGAACUGAUUUUAAGUCCUAUUCCUGGCUGCCUAGCAGGGACAGAGUUUAGAAAAACUGUCACAAUAUGCAAUCCCAGAAACCAUCCUGCUGGCUUUACUUGGAGAUCUGUAACUGGAGAUAGAAAAUCUGCAUUUACUAUAAAGCCAACCAGAGGGUUUGUGGAGGCCUAUAGUGAUAUGGAGUGUGAAGUUAUUUGGCAUCCAGGGUUCAACACUCCAGAAACAGGACAAUUCAUCUUGCGUGUGCGCAAAGGAAAUCCAAUUAACUUGAAAUGUUCUGCAAAGUUUGGUACUGCUAAAGUUCAGUUUAUAGCUCAAAAUGUAUCCUUCACUCAUAGUCCAAUUGGUUUCACUACUUGUAAGACAGCCAGUAUUCUAAACACAGGAUUCAACCAUGCAUACUUCCAAGUUCUUGACUCAAACCCACUGCCUGGAAUGAAAAUCACCCCCUCUGAAGGAGUGAUACCCGUGGGAGGCAUUGCUGAUCUCAAAAUCUCCUUCACUCCAAAGUCAUACAUGAAUUUUGAUAAAAAAGUGGAGGUAGCAGUGAGGAAUGCAGCAGAACUCACACUUAGGAUUACUGGAUUUUCAGAGAUCGCUGAAAUAGACAUUGAUGUGAAAAUAUUUGAAUAUAAACGUAUUAAUGUUGGCACUACAAAAUCCAUUCCAUUUUUGCUCCAGAACAAAGGACAAUCGUGUACCAGAGCAGAGUUUGAUUUUUCUAAGUAUAAGGAAUUUAAAUUGAAAACUGAGGACAAUUCAGUGGUUGACCAUUCUCGUUCAAAGCCCUAUUUGUAUUCAGUUUACUUAAAGGAAAUGUCGUCUGUGAAAUGCUUCUUGACCUUUAAACCACAAAAGAUGUCAGUAUGGGACUUCACUCUCCCAAUUGCUACUCCUCAGGCCAGUCUCCCACCUCCAGAUCUUGCCACGCAUGAGGCACUCCCGGUGACCCCUGCUCUUCCAUUCUGUAGAGUCAAAGCCAGUGCAACUGAACCAGUAUUGGGGUUCUCCUCAAUGGAAUUUAAAUUUGAACAACAUUUGAGUAACAUGAGUUCCAAUACUGCUGAUGGGAGUAUGAGCUCUCAGACCCUUGUCCUGAAGUCUCUCUCAAAAGAACGUGUGAUGUGGAAAUUGAAUUUUGGUGGAGACAAAAAUAUGGAAGAUGGUAUUUUCAGAUUUAGUCUGAAGCGUGGAUAUCUUGAUAAAGAAGAAGAAGUCAGUAUUACUGUGUCGUUCUGCCCUCCAGCUUGUCCUGGGACAUAUACAUCUGAAAUAUCCUUGUAUGUAAAUGAUAAUCCAUUACAAUACUUGCUAACAUUGUCUGGCACACUGAGGCUGCCAAAAAUAGGUUUUCAUCCCCCCUUUUUAAUGCUGAUGCCAGUUCCUCUGGAUGUGGAAACUGAAGCAGUCGUCACCAUCAUCCCACAGGAUUUUAUAAGGCCAUCACGAAUUAGAGUUCAACUUCCUGAGCUUGAAUUUCCAGAUGGUACCAGGACUUGCCCUUUUUCUGUGCAGUUCCCAAAGGGACAGGAUAUUGUUCUUUCAUCAGAGGGCACAAGGAAGGAACUGACUUGCCGUAUCAGCUUCAGAUCAUCUAAGCCAAUGUCAUUUUUAAGGGAAAUGCUCUUCAUCGAUGAAGAUGAUAACAGGUUCUCAUUUCUGGUUGCUGGAACAACAGACAAUUGUCUUCUUACCUUAUACCCAUACUUGGCAUUGCACUGCUCUGAUCAAAAAAUUGUCUGGAGAAGCAACAAUAAAGACUUCAGCAGUGGUGAAGUUGUUCUACAGCCAUGUUUUACACCACAGUCACCUUCACGUAGUUUUUCCACAAGUUCUUUAGGUGAAGCUAAUGGCCAAAGCUAUGAAGAUUCUCUAUCAGAGAGUACCACUGAAGAAAGUGAGAGUGAUGAAUAUGAAAGUGAAGAGAUUGAAGAAACAAGUGAAGAGAGUGAAACUGACAGUCAAAAUGAUGGGAAAGGAAAUAAACGUGAAGUAUCAUUUUUUCCUGAUGAAGAUAAGGAGGAGUACAUCUUCUUUCAAAAGACCCUAGCUGCUGUGAAGAGUUGGUUCACACUCUUUGGCUGGUCUAAGGGACAAAAUCCCAUUUCAAUACCUCAUUCACUGAGACGUGAUAGGUGUAUAGUCCAGCUAACUGUUGCACCAGAAAAGAAUUUUAAACGAAAGGUUGACAAAGAUAAGUGUUUUUAUGAGAUGUUGCUGCAUCUGAGUGGGCAACCAAUACCAGGCAUUGCAACGAGCCAGUCAUUGUCCCCUGAUCCAGUAGAAAGAGUCUUCCAAAUCCACUGGCAGCAUUCUGAAUUGCUUUCCUUCCUUAAAAGCCAAGGAGCAUAUCUUUCUCAUGUUAUGCCAGAAUUUUUGCUUACACCUGAAGAUUAUGAGAUAUGGACUGAAGUGAAUACUGGGUUGAGGUAUUUCUCACAUGAAGUGAAGAGAGGAAGCAUGAGAAGCUCAGGCAAAUUAAGUGGCAGGCGUAUUUUUGUUCUGGAGAACAGAACGUUUGAGACAAUGAGCAAACGAGCUUGGACAGAUGUGCUGCUGCAGAUAUACAAGGUGUUUGUUCUUCCACGCAUUUCUUCCCGUAUUUUUCCUGACCCAUUGAGCUUGGAAAGCUUGCAGAACAUGCCAGGAAUAAAAUCAGAACCUUUAUGCAGUAAUGUAUACUCUCGAUAUGAACGAACCAUCCUCAUCUGGUUGAAUAAAAAUUAUGAGAAGAAUCGACAAAUUAUAUGGAAAGAUAGUCAAAGAGGUGGAAUACCACCCAUGAGAUGGAUAGUGAAUUUUGACCAAGAUCUUCUAGAUGGUCUGGUGCUGGCAGCACUGAUGACAUCUUAUUGUCCAUAUUUGAUUAAUACUCACUUCAUAAAGAUGUAUACUGAUCCAAGAACUCAUGAACAGUUUCUGCACAACUCCUUGAUAGUUGUGAAGGCUCUGCAUACUAUCAGUCUCGAUAUAGACAUAAAGGCCACUGAUAUCUGUGAGCCAAACCCUGUCAUGAUGCUCAUUUUGUGUGUCCACCUGUAUGACACUCUCCCUCAGUACUUACCCAAGAGCACUAUAGAAUUUGCAGGUGGUCUCCAUGCAACUAUUGUGAAGCAGGUGCACCUGAAAAACCCAAAGAGUCAUACUUUGGCAUACAAUGCUAUUGUUGUGGGAAGAGAUGCUGAUGAUUUCUCUUUACCUAAAGGAAACACUGUUACCAUUCCCCCCACGAGGGAAGACUUUAUAAAUGUGGAAUUCACAAUUCGUUUCCUGCGCCCUGCUGAAGCAGUAUUGCUACUGAUCUCAAAUAAAGUUGAUGGAGUAGAUGGUGCCACACUGACAUUCUCUCUGAAAUCUGAAGUUAAAAAUAUUGACCCUCUUGGUACGAUAAAGUGCAGAUCUCCAUGUUAUGAGCUGAAGAAAUUUACCCUAAAUGUUACUAAUCCCUUCAAAAUGGAUGGCAUAUUCAGGGUAAUUUUGCUGGAAUCCACACACACCUGUUUAGUGCACCCAGAGAAAGUGUAUCAAGCCAAGCAAGUAAAGCAAGAGCAAAAAUUUAGUACUGAAAAUUACAUAUUAAAUUCAAAAAAUGGUUCACUGCUUGAAGAUUCAAAGAAAGAGACUUGCUCUGAUCAGUCUGGACUCCUGCAUGAGUUCUUCAGUCCAAUGGAAACACUGUUCUUGAAAGGCAAAAGUUCUGCAGCCUUAGAUAUUCACUUCCUUCCCUUUCAUCAGGAAAAGCGUUACUGCACUGUCAUUCUGGUUAAUGAAAAGAUUGGAGACUUUGUAUACCAGAUUGAAGGAAUAGGUGAUUUACCUCUGCCUUCAGAAUUGCCUGCAUUGGAUAGUCCAAAUGUUUUGCGUGCUACCAAUACCUCAGAAGAUGCAAGCACAAUACAGCCAGUUUUAUAUUUGAAAUGUGGACUUGGUCAGACUCUGGAGGAAAAUCUGAGGAUUCCAUUGAUCAAUGAGUCAAGAGAGAGGGCCCUGGCUCUCGCUGCACAGCAGCAGAUGUCAGCUAUUGAGUAUGAGAGGAGACUGAUGACUGGCACUCUGCAGAGCAGCAGUGUUCGAGUUGCAACGGCAUUGCUGGGGCUGUCCAGAGUAGAGAGACGUGCACUUCUGAAACCUCGUAAGCGCCCCUCAGAGCUGAAGUACAGUGUAGAAGUGAGCAUGAAAAACCUGUUUGAGGUUCCUAAAAAGUUCACUAUUCCAGUGUUAGCUUCAGCCAGAGUUAAUUUGGACACUUCAUCAGCCAAAUGCCCUACAUCUCAGAAAAAAGGUGGAAGUGAUACAGUUGAGUUUCCUAUAAAAUUCACUCCUAAGUCUGCUGGUUGCUACCACUGUCAGAUUCUUCUGAAGUCGUCCUCUGAUAUUCGUGUCUAUGAGAUUGAAUGUGUGGUGAAUGCAGACCAGGCUGAUGCACAGGUUGAAUUUCUAACUCCAGCUUACCAGGAAGUGACUCAGGAAAUUCCAAUUAUGAGUGGAAGUGAUACAGUUGAGUUUCCUAUAAAAUUCACUCCUAAGUCUGCUGGUUGCUACCACUGUCAGAUUCUUCUGAAGUCGUCCUCUGAUAUUCGUGUCUAUGAGAUUGAAUGUGUGGUGAAUGCAGACCAGGCUGAUGCACAGGUUGAAUUUCUAACUCCAGCUUACCAGGAAGUGACUCAGGAAAUUCCAAUUACUAACAUAUCUAGUGAGGACUGGAGGUUUGAAGCACUUUUGGAAGGACAGUGUUUUCAUGGCCCUCCCGUAAUAAAUGUGCCUGUAGGUGAAACAGUUCAGUAUCCUCUCACGUUCAUGCCAGUUGCUGAGUCUGUAAUAAUGGUGUAUUCCAAUCUCUCAAUGCUGAGUGGUGCCCCUGAUCUGGCUGUCAACCCAGAGGACACUGCUGCUUACACUUUGAGUAUAUCUCCCUGCAGACGAGGAGUCUUUCAAGGUACCAUUUAG